CCUUACAUCUAAAAGAAGAAAAAAGCUCUUAUUGUAUCGAUUACAUGUUUCUUAAUGUUUAUAAAUUAAUUAGUUAUAAGGGCUUAAAGGGGAUUAUUUUUGACACAGACUGUUGAAAAAGAAUUGAGAAUUUCAUUUUAACCACAUGACCGCUCAGGAGCCAUAGAAGCUUAAACAGGGCGAUAUAUCACAGGAAAAAAGUAAAGAUAGUCGGGCAUUUUUGGAAUAGUAACGAAUAGAGCAACAAUGGAAAUUAAAUUGAAGAUAACCUUUUUUAUUUAUACAGGACUUUUGUCUUCUGCAGUUUGUGCCAACAUUAGACAUAUUCGGUACAGAACAGGAAAUAGGCAAUUUAGUACGGAAGAUAAAGACUGCUGUGUACGAAAAGACGAAAAUGAAUAUAAGGCUGUAAAAAUUCCACUUGGAAAUGAAAGUGAAAUUUGCUAUGGUUUGGAGCGUGACUGGUUACUCGAUAAACGUUAUGACGACGGCUAUUUCUACAUUGAGAAGGAAAAAGUUGUAGAAAUAUUCAAACCUCCGGUUAUAACGCACAGUUAUUUCUGGACACUACCAAUAUCAUUCGAGACUGGGGCCAACAUAACGAUCUUCUUCACAAGUCCACUUUCCUGGACGCGCUUUGAAAUCAACCUUUUGGACCGUGAAAAGGACGACCUCCCGCAAAAUCUACUAGAUCUACUAUCCAAACCUAUAAUGCAUCAUAUUUACUUCCGGCAAGAUUAUAAUUUUGCAGGCGUAGAUACAUUUACACCCGAUCAAGGAUGGCAGGAGAGUGGUAUAAUAACUCAACCAUGUCCGAUAGAAUUUGGAAUAACUUACAAAAUAACAUUUGAAUCACACACAGGCUUCAUCAGGACAGUGAUAGAUGAUCAUCCAUACUUCGACCUUCCACAUAUCAUCCCACCGCUGAAUGCUUCAACUCUUCAAAUAAGGAAUAAUGUGACCGCGCCCUUGCUGAUUCAUAAUAUUACUAUGAAUGGUCGUGUGAAAAAGAACUUUACAUAAAUAUUCCGUAUAUUUAAGCCAGAUCAAUGUUCUCAUAUUCUUUACUUGUAGUAUUUCAUCUAUUUAAAAGUUCUCUAUGUUUUGUCUGAAUACAAAUAUAUACAUCUAAAACAAGUGUGUAAUUAUAUGCUUAUUGAGUUUCAUGCAGCGACCACCGAAGUAAGAUCUGUUAUUCCCCGUCCGUCUGGGCCCAUAUCUUAGAAUCAGUUAAUUCAGUUUCAAUUAGCAUGAAUGAUUGGAAAAUGGGGCUCACGACAAGCCGUGAUUAUCAUUUAUGUGUUGUUGGUGUGUAUCGAUAAAGACCAUUAAAACAUGUAUUUUUCGGCCGGAGCCCCCUUGUUUUCGGUUGGUCUUCCUGUAAAAUUAGGGAACAACUGAAUAUAUGUAAAAAUUUCAUUGGUCAUUUAAAAAUUACAGUCUGAAAUCUCGGAAUCUAAUUGGCCAUUGUUAAAUUAGUAAAAUAAUAUUAAGGAUUUUUCAGACAUGAUAUACGCGUCUGAUUAGGAGUUCUGGAAACUAACUAUCUACAUUCAUAAGCUCUUUUACUAUUAAGUUAAAUUUCAGAAACUUAAGUUGUGUUUAACCAUUUUUUUCUCCUACACAUUUUAAAUUCUUAAUUACCAUUCAUCUUCAUAAAUAUUAUUUUACGUUGCUUUAAUGAUGUAUUACAUUUUGUCAAACAUUAACGAAACCACCAUUUACAAUUACGUCCACGAUUCCGUUUACUCAUGCGCAUGAAAAAAGCGAAAAACACACAAGUAAACGAACUAUCCGACAUUAUCAGUGGAUACAAAGUUAAGAUGAUUUUCAUGUAUCUUACAUAUUACUGAAGUAUUUAUAUAACUGCUAACGAUUGAAUGGUUUGUUUAUAAUAAAUGUUUGUCAAAGUAUUUUUAGAUUAGAAAUCUUACUUUCGGUUCUUUUUUUCGGAUUAUAGGUUUCUUUCGUUAUUUCCAACGGGGUUGCAAAUCUGUAAAUUCAGAUAUUUCGAUUCGUAUCAACAAAACGUUUUUAUUUUUAAUUUUCUAUUGAAAUCUCGAUUUGAUUAAAAAUUCAGUUGCUUGAAUAUUUUCUUUGAGAUGAAACGACAUUCACAAUAAUAGAAAUAAAAGAAUUGCAUGACGGUA